AUGAGGGUCAAGGCUAUUUCGCGAUCUACCUCUACGUAUGUUCCGCAAGGAACCACUUCUACUCCCGUCCCGAGAAACCUUAACCCAGCCCUCCACCCCUUCGAAAAGGCACGGGAGUAUACCCGGGCGCUGAAUGCAACGAAACUAGAUCGCCUUUUUGCUCAACCGUUUCUUGGCCAGCUAGGAAAUGGUCAUGUCGACGGUGUCUAUACCUUUGCUGUCGAUCCGAAGGUUUUGAAUCGGGUUGCUAGCGGGUCUGGGGAUGGUGUGGUGAAGCUAUGGGAAAUGACGGAUCGGAGUGAAGUCUACUCUGUUAAGGCACAUGAUGGCGUAGUCAAGGACAUGUGCUAUUCCGAUGAUGGGAAGCUCUUGACUUGUGCAAGUGACCAAAAGAUUAAAUUGUGGGACCACCCAUCGAAACUUGAGGGGAAAUCUACUGGGGAUCAAAUUAAACCUUUGAUGACCUACCUCGGGGCCAAUUCUUUCAACUCAAUUACCCACCACCGCUAUGACCAGGUCUUUGCAACAGCCUCCUCAUCUAUCGGAAUUUGGGAUAUUUCGCGAAGCAAACCAACAUCUAAUCUCAACUGGGGAUCUGACAGUAUAAAUGUUGUCAGGUUUAACCCAACCGAAACCUCAAUUUUAGCAUCAGCAGGGGCCGACCGAUCCUUAGUAUUCUAUGAUCUUCGAAUGUCAACACCUGUCACCAAACUCAUCACCACCAUGAGCACAAAUGCAAUAAGCUGGAAUCCUGUCGAACCUUUUAAUCUAGCAAUUGGAAAUGAGGAUCACAAUGCCUAUAUAUUUGACAUGCGCAAGCUGGAGAGAGCUUUGAACGUGUUGAAGGAUCAUGUUGCAGCUGUCAUGGACGUAUGCUAUAGCCCUACGGGGCAGGAGUUGGUCACUGGAAGCUAUGACCGUACAUUAAGAAUAUAUAGUGUUCGGGAGCACGGGCAUUCCCGAGAUAUCUAUCACACUAAGCGCAUGCAGCGUAUAUUCUCGGUUGCGUUUACACCUGACGCGAGAUACGUUCUAUCGGGAUCAGACGACGGAAACAUACGUUUAUGGCGAGCCAAAGCCUCGGAGAGGUCGCACGUCCGGAGCACCCGUGAAAGGGUGAAACUCGAGUAUGACGAAGCAUUGAAGAAGCGGUACCAACAUAUGCCGGAGAUCAGACGGAUAGCAAGGCAUAGGCAUCUUCCAAAGACUAUCAAGAAAAUGUCGGAGACGAAGAAGGUACAGCUUGGGAGUAUUAAGAGGAAGGACGAAAACAGACGCAAGAAUGGAGAGCAGAUGUCGGCUAGAACGCCCGAGCGCCAGAAGAUGGUUGUAAAAACCAUCCAAUGA